AUGGAGCGCGCCACCGGCCCGGGGUCGCUGGCACGGACGCUGCUACUGCCGCUGCUUCUGGGGCUCGUGGCGGGGACAGUGGCCGCGCAGCGCACCUCUGACCUCCUCGCACCGACAGCGGAGGCGGCGUUCGGCCUCGGGGCCGCUGCGGCUCCCACCUCGGCUACGCGGGUGCCGGCGGCGGGCGCCGUGAUUGCGGCCGAAGUGACGGUGGAGGACUCCGAGGCGCUGCCGGCAGCUGCAGGCGAGCAGGAGCCGCGGGAGCCGGAGCCGGAAGAGGAGCCCGAUAUUCGGCCGUGCGGCAGAUCAUUAGUGAUCAUCAGCACUUUAGAUGGCCGAAUCGCUGCCUUGGAUCCUGAGAAUCAUGGGAAAAAGCAAUGGGAUUUGGACGUGGGGUCUGGUUCCUUGGUGUCAUCCAGCCUUAGCAAACCAGAGGUAUUUGGGAACAAGAUGAUCAUUCCUUCCCUGGAUGGAGACCUCUUCCAGUGGGACCGGGAUCGUGAGAGCAUGGAAACAGUUCCGUUUACAGUUGAAUCACUUCUUGAAUCGUCUUAUAAAUUUGGAGAUGAUGUUGUCUUGGUUGGAGGAAAGUCUCUCACUACAUAUGGACUCAGUGCAUAUAGUGGAAAGGUGAGGUACAUCUGUUCAGCUCUGGGUUGUCGCCAGUGGGAUAAUGAUGAAAUGGAACAAGAAGAAGACAUCUUGCUUCUGCAGCGCACCCAGAAAACUGUGAGAGCUGUUGGACCUCGCAGUGGCAAUGAGAAGUGGAAUUUCAGUGUUGGCCACUUUGAACUUCGGUAUAUUCCAGACAUGGAAACUAGAGCCGGAUUUAUUGAAAGCACCUUAAAGCCCAGUGGAAACAAAGAACAGUCUAAAAUUAUUUCAGACGUGGAAGAGCAGGAAGCUGUCAUGAUGGAUACAGUGAUAAAGGUCUCCGUUGCGGAUUGGAAAGUUGUGGCGUUUAAUAAGAAGGGAGGACACCUGGAGUGGGAAUACCAGUUUUGUACUCCCAUUGCAUCUGCCUGGUUGGUUAAGGAUGGCAAAGUCAUUCCCAUCAGUCUUUUUGAUGAUACAAGUUACGCCCCCAGUGAUGGAGUUUUAGAAGAUGAAGAAGAUAUUGUAGAAGCUGCCCGGGGAGCCACAGAAAACAGUGUUUACUUGGGAAUGUACAGAGGCCAACUGUAUCUGCAGUCAUCAGUCAGAAUUUCAGAAAAGUUUCCUACGAGUCCCAAGGCCUUGGAAUCUGUCAAUAGUGAAAAUGCUAUUAUUCCUUUGCCAACCAUCAAAUGGAAACCUCUAAUCCAUUCUCCUUCUAGAACUCCUGUCUUGGUGGGGUCUGAUGAAUUUGACAAAUGUCUUAGUAAUGAUAAGUUUUCUCACGAAGAGUACAGUAACGGUGCACUUUCAAUCUUGCAGUAUCCUUAUGAUAAUGGUUAUUAUCUGCCAUACUAUAAGAGGGAAAGAAACAAACGGAGCACGCAGAUCACGGUCAGAUUUCUUGACAACCCGAAUUACAAGAACAUCCGCAAAAAGGACCCUGUUCUUCUCUUACACUGGUGGAAAGAAAUAGUUGGAACUAUCGUGUUUUGUAUUGUAGCAACAACUUUCAUUGUACGCAGACUCUUCCAUCCUCAUCCUCACAGACAAAGGAAGGAAUCUGAAACUCAGUGUCAAACUGAAAAUAAAUAUGAUGCUGUCAGUGGAGAAGCUAAUGACAGUAGCUGGAAUGACAUAAAAAAUUCUGGAUACGUGUCACGGUAUCUAACAGACUUUGAACCAAUUCAGUGCAUGGGCCGUGGCGGCUUUGGAGUUGUCUUUGAAGCUAGAAACAAGGUUGAUGACUGCAAUUAUGCUAUCAAGAGAAUCCGUCUCCCCAACAGGGAAUUGGCUCGGGAGAAGGUAAUGCGAGAAGUGAAAGCCUUAGCCAAGCUUGAACACCCAGGAAUUGUGAGAUAUUUCAAUGCUUGGUUGGAAGCGCCACCAGAGAAGUGGCAAGAAAAAAUGGAUGAAAUUUGGCUAAAAGAUGACAGCACGGACUGGCCGCUCAGCUCUCCUAGUCCCGUGGAUGUACCUUCUGUUAAAAUACGCAGAAUGGAUCCUUUCUCUUCAAAGGAACGUAUUGAAAUCAUAGCUCCUUCGCCACACAGCAGCAGGUCUUUUUCAGUUGGGAUUUCCUGCGGCCAGACCAGUUCAUCCGAUAGCCAGUUCUCUCCGCUGGAGUUUUCCGGGGUGGACCACGGAAAUGUGAGCAAGUCAGCAGAUGCAGUAUGCCAACUCCAGGACAGCUGCCUUACAGACUGCGAUGGGGAGGAUGGUACCAUGGAUGGUAAUGAUGGAGGGCACUCCUUUGAACUUCGUCCUUCGGAAGCUUCUCCUUAUGUAGGGUCCAGGGAGCGAACCUCCUCGUCUAUAGUAUUUGAAGAUUCUGGCUGUGAUAACGCGUCCAGCAAAGAGGAGCCCAGAAUGAACCAACCGCCGGUGGGCAACCAUUGUGUGAAUAAACUAACUGCGCUCCGGCAUGCCGGUAGCAAAUCUUCUUCCGAACCUACUGUGUCUGUUUCUCCGUCAAGACCGACCACUUUAAGUUUAGACCUCGCUAAAAGCUCGGUGGGGAAACUCCAGCCCAGUUCGCCCAAGGUGUAUCUGUACAUCCAGAUGCAGCUGUGCAGAAAGGAAAACCUCAAAGACUGGCUGAACAGCCGCUGCACCAUUGAGGCGAGAGAAAGGAGCGUAUGUUUGCACAUCUUUCUGCAGAUUGCAGAGGCGGUGGAGUUUCUGCACAGCAAAGGGCUCAUGCACAGGGACCUCAAGCCUUCCAACAUAUUCUUUACAAUGGAUGAUGUGGUCAAGGUUGGAGAUUUUGGAUUGGUGACGGCAAUGGACCAAGAUGAGGAAGAUCAGAUGGUUCUGACCCCAAUGCCAGGUUACGCCAGGCACACGGGACAAGUGGGGACCAAGCUGUAUAUGAGCCCAGAACAGAUUCAUGGCAACAGCUACUCUCAUAAAGUGGACAUCUUUUCUUUGGGCCUCAUUCUGUUUGAAUUACUAUACCCGUUCGGCACUCAGAUGGAAAGGGUCAGGAUCCUAACUGAUGUAAGAGAUCUCAAAUUUCCACCACUAUUUACUCAAAAAUACCCUCGUGAGUAUGCCAUGGUGCAAGACAUGCUGUCCCCAUCUGCUACAGAACGGCCAGAAGCUGCGAGCAUCAUUGAAAAUGCGAUCUUCGAGGACUUGGAGUUUCCAGGAAAGACGGUCCUCAGACAGAGGUCUCGCUCCAUGAGCUCGCCCGGAGUGAAACAUUCAAGACACUCCAGCAGCCCCCACAGCCCUUUGCCCAGCAAUUAGCCUUAAGUUCCGCUCGCACCCCUAAUAGGUGACAACAGAAUAGCCUGCUUCAAAGGAAUGUUGCUUUUCCAAAAUCGCAAACUUGAAAAUAUGGUUCUCCACUUGAUUGCAUUAUAGGCUGCCUUUUCUAAAUCAGAUUUUAAACUGGAUUUUGGAGCGCACAGCUCAUUUGAGCCAACUUUUGAUUUUUGCUCCAGUCGAGGGGAGGUCCUGUCACGUGCGGUCCUUUCCCUCGUUGGUCUGUUGAAACUGGCUGGCCAAGCAUCCUGUCCUCACGUUUUGCCUAGGGAGGUAGAACCAGUCCCUAAAAUGUACAGAGAGAAUUAUAAAAUGGAAAUAUUUUUAUAGUACAGAAAAAUGAAAGUCCCUACAUGGUGGUAACCAUAUUGUUCUAGAAAGACGCUUUCUAGAGAGAUAGUGGAAGUUUUAAAACUGAUUUCAAAACAAAGCUGACUCCAUUUUUGUCCCUGGUGGGUGAAUUAGGAAGCUGCAUUAUUUUGGAGGACAAGUAGCACAAAUUAUAUAGCUAGUUUUCUAGAGUAUUUGUAGCAUUAAAUAGCUUUAUUCCUCAGAUAGUUCUAGGGAGAAAGAUUUUUAAGAGUUUUUUGUACUUUUACCUCCAAUAAAAGAAAAAUGAAGCUUUGUGUGUAAAUUGGUCAAAAAUUCUGGCUCGAGGAAGGAAAAAAAGCCGUAGUAAGAAACAAAUCAUAUAUUACAACCAACUGCUUCAAUUACAGACUUUUUAAAUCAAAUGAAAUCUUAAAUGUC